GCUGCACACUCGCCAACGCCGGCGUCCAAUCUGCAUCGCUGCCGGGGUCGCAAGCUGGAUCGUGCCGGCUUUUGAUACCUCGCCGCUCGUCUUCUGCGGCUCUCUCACUUUCGAGCGUCUGACUGUCGAACCCGCGUCAGUCUCCAUCCCGAAGGUCCGCCGCUUCAUUUUAUCCCCGUCAACGCCACUUCCAUCAUCAUCGCCGCUCGCCCCACGCCAUGUUCUCAAAGCGGUUCUUCCUGAGUCCCGGGCUUGACCAGAGCAUCUCCAACUCGUUCUCGGUGUCGUCGCUGAAUCUUCGGCGAGUCACCGUAGAUCGCUCGGCCCUCAUCGCACUUGGGUAUACCCCAGUCUCCUCCGUGAUGGGCUCCUCCUUUUCUCUCGCACCGCGAUCCGCAGAAACACUCAUCACUCCGAUCGAACUGUCGACCAUCGAGCGUAUCGCCGGCGAUUUUUUGGAUAACGAGCUGGCCGGGCUGGGGCUGGAUUUCGCCGUCUGGGAGUGGACAUCGCCCCAGCUGCAAGGGCUGCUCCUGGGCCUAUUUCUGAAGCUCGACCUGAUCCCUUCCGACCCCGUCCUUCUCGCCGAAUUCAUCCACUUUCUCGUCGAUGUCGAGAAGGGAUACAAGGCAAACCCAUAUCACUCGUUCCAUCAUGCCGUCGAUGUGCUCUACACGCUUUUCUUCAUGCUCACCGACCUGGGCCUCGCCGAUGCUAUUGGAUUCACCAAGCUGGAGAUCAACGCGCUGCUGAUUGCCGCCCUGACUCACGACAUUCUCCAUCCAGGUCUCAACAACCUCUUUCAGAUAAACGCCCAGACCGAUUUGGCAAAGAGAUACAACAACGUCUCUGUCCUCGAAAACUUCUCGCUCGACCAUGCUGAGUUUCUUCUCCACAAGCAUCCGGUCUUGAGGAAGCUGAAUCUCUCUCCCGAACGAAUCGAUCCAGACGAUGCGAGCCAGCCAAACCCCAUGACGCGAAUCGUUGUCGAGGCCAUCCUCUCGACCGACAUGUCGAAGCACUUUACUCUCCUUUCCAAGCUGAUCGACAAGCAGCCCGAAGAAACAACAGAUAUCAGCGACUUUGACUCCACCCCAACCUCUCAGUGCCGCAAGGAAGGCGCGCCCGAGGACGCCUGCCGGGACAAGCGCACUUCGGCAGAUCUUGCUCUGGACAACGAUCAGUCUCUCAACAACCAGGCGAUAGAGGCAGUCUCCGCACCCACGUCUCCGGUAAAGAGCAUCCACAACGAAGAGGAGACCUGGUUUACUUCUCCAGCGCGCGAGCCAUCCCUCCAAGACAUGAAUGCCACCGACCGACUCGACAUGAUCUCAAUCCUGCUUCAUGCUGCUGACAUUAGCAAUCCGGCUCGCCCCUACCGGGUGUGCAAGUACUGGUCGGACAGCAUCACCCGAGAGUUCCAGAAUCAAGCCGACGAAGAGAUGCGUCGAGGACUUCCCGUGACGGCGACAGCCAGCCCCGAUCCAAAGUCACAGUCGCAGCAAAGCAUUGACUUUAGCGAUAUCAUCGUGCGUCCCUUCUAUGAAGCUCUGGCAGACUGCUUUCCGUCAUUCAGUCAGCUCGUGGACAUUCUGCAUGUCAAUCGAGUCAAGUGGUCCAAUCUCGUCCCAACCACGCCCAACCGCGGCGACCAGAUGGCUUCGGGGCGCAAGUUUUCGUUCGCUGCGGGCUCGGUCGAUAUACCGGACAAUCUUUCCCAGUACAGCAAUCGUCGCGGCACAGGUCGCGGCAGCGGAUCCCGCAAAACCUCAGAGUCGUCCAAGAGUGGCCGAAAAGAUGCAGAUAUCCCAAGCACCAGGACCAGAAACCACUGGGCCGGGCUCGCAUCCACCCUCAGCCACCCGUCUCUUUGCGACAUUCGCGUCACCCGAUCGACGAACAUGAGCCUAUUAUCGUCCGAAUCUUAUGCUCCCGAUUCGCUCGACUCCAUUCCGCAGUCCGUCCACGAGGGCGACCUCAAAUAACCUGCCGCCUGCUGCCUGCCGCCUUCGUUCCAAACUAUUUAUUUGCGAAGCUGAUCACGAACUCUAGAUAGCAACGGCGGUGCCCUCGAAGCGCUCCAAUGUGGCUACCUCUCAUCUGCCCGGCUUUGUCCACAACUCUAUAACCUCCAUCCUGUCGGUCGUGCAUCGGCAUCGGCAUCCGCCUGAACGAUUCUCCUCAAUGACUCGUGUGAGGCAUAUGCUCUGUUUUCCUGCGCUUGACAAACAAUUCCCCUCAGCCAGCAACGGGCAUUACACAACUCUCAUCGACAAACAUCAUCACGCGCCGAGCAGCCAGCCCUCUGACACCCACCUUUUGCCCCACUCACUACUCACGACAGUGUUUGUUGGUGGGGUGAGCUCCGGCUUGUUUGAUUCCUGCAACGAACUCGGUGACAGGCCGAGCCACAUUUGUUCAUCUUUCUCUCUUUUCACCAUUGCCAUCUGUA